UUUUUUUUUUUUAAAUUUACUUUCCAUUUAUCCUUGUUCGUAUUAAUGGGGAAUGUGAACGGGAGAGAAGAUGAGGAUGGCAACCCAUCUGGGGCGGAAGAAGAAGAAGAAGAUGAGGAAGUCGGUGGUGGUGGUCAGGGGAGUCUACCGGAUGGCCUGGCGGCACCGCCCGAUUCCCACCGUGGCUACCACACCGGCGAUCCGCCUGCUGAGCUGAUGGGUCAUUCCCCUCCUCGUAGUCCUCGCGCCAUUCCAUCUCCAUUGAUGUUCACUCCUCAAGUACCAGUUGUUCCACUGCCAAGACCUGAUGAGGUGCACAACACAAGCCAGUCUUGGAUGAAUAACAGUUCAUGGGUUGAUGAUGUUAGCACUGAACAAGGAAUCCCAACAAUGAUAACGUGGAGUCAUGGAGGCAAGGAAGUAGCUGUUGAGGGAUCUUGGGAUAACUGGAAAAUGAAAAUACCCUUGCAGAGAUCUGGGAAGGACUUCACGAUUGUGAAGGUACUGCCUUCUGGUGUUUACCAGUAUAGGUUUAUUGCUGAUGGACAAUGGAGAUAUGCUCCUGACUUACCUUGGGCUCAAGAUGAUUCCGGCAAUGCUUACAAUAUCUUGGACUUGCAGGACUAUGUCCCAGAAGACAUUGAAAGCAUUUCUAGCUUUGAACCUCCUCAAUCCCCGGAGUCGAGUUACAGCAGUUUGCAGCUUGGAUCUGAAGAUUUUUCGAAGGAGCCACCAUUGGCUCCUCCUCACUUGAAAUCCACGUUGCUUGACAUGCCUUGCCCAUACAAUGAGAUUUUGCCUCCUUUGUCAAGACCUCAGCAUGUUAUGCUGAAUCAUCUUUAUAUGCAGAAGGAAAGGGGCGGUCCAUCUGUCGUGGCACUCGGGAUGACAAACCGGUUUCUAGCAAAGUACGUAACCGUUGUCCUCUAUAAAUCGUUGCAGAGAUAAUGUAGUAUAGGCAUAUCCCGUGUGAAAGAAAUUCAAAAUCUAAACCCAUUUUUCGUUACUGUAGCUUUAUAUGGUGUUGAUGCCAUUUCAUUUUAACACUUCUGAAUUAACCAGGACGUCUGAAUGGAUCGUUCUUCAAGACUCUACCUUACAUGAUGA